AUGGCUACUCUCGACAUCCUCAAGCAGAAUCUCAGGGAGAAAGCCUUAACGACGUCGUCCCCGAUAUACAAAGACUUUAUUAUUCCUCAACUAUCUUUUCUAUUAGCCCCUCUCUUCAACUCACGUACCCAUACCUCGGUGCUAGAAAUCGGACCGGGGCCGAGAAGUGCACUUAGAUAUCUGCCUAGCUACCUAAGACGGAAGCUUUGCUCCGCCUCGGACACAAAGUCACCUCUGCCCUGCCUAGGAAGCCGACCCGACAUUUAUCGAAGGCCAUUCGUUCUGAAUAGUAACAUAAAGGAUAGCGGGGGUUCAAAUGAUGGUAUUAGCUCAUUCGAUAUCAUCCUCUUUUGCCACAGCAUAUAUAGAAUGAAGCCUAAACGUAGUUUCAUCGAACAGGCGCUGGAAAUGCUCGUUAAAGAACCGGAGGACGGAAUAGUGGUGGUUUUCCAUCGUGCAGGGGUCAUUCGCGUGGCAAACGACAACGACAUCCUAGACUGCUUCUCUCCUUUUAUCGCAGGUUUUCUCAUGAAGGAUACGGAGCUGGAUAGAGCUGUCCGAGUUAAGUGGCGUGAGAUAUGCCGCACCUUGGGCCGUUGCGAAGAAACCAGCCCAGACCAUCUCCUUUUCAGCUCGCCCAACAUCAUGGUGGCUUUUACCCGACAUGCCACCACAUUGGAAGAGCUGACAGCGCAUAUUCUAUUAUUAGAAGGGGUCAAGGUGGUUAAAAAUCAGCAGGCCCGUCUUUAUCAUCCGGCCUUGACUCUCAGGCCCUUACAGAUCCGGCAUAUCCAACAGUGUGUCGAGUGGGCUCUGAGACAUAAGGUUAAACUGACUGUCAUCGGCGGAGGUCACAGUGGCCACUGCCUCUGGCCUAACGUUGUCUCAAUCGACAUGGGCGCCUUUGACCAGAUAUACAUUCUUGCGGCUGGGGGAGAAGGUGACGAAUCAGCUUCUGAUUCUGAGCCUCUAGUCGUCACCGAGGCCGGCUGCAAGACAGGAAAUGUCGUCCGCGAGACCCUGGCAGCGGGCUUGAUGGUACCCCUGGGAGCCCGCCUAAGCGUCGGCGCGGGUUUGUGGCUACAAGGCGGCAUCGGGCACCUGUCUAGACGGCAUGGGCUUGCGUGCGACGCUAUUGUAGGUGCCGUUGUGGUCAGCGUUUACUCUGGCCAGGUCCUCUGCGUUGGUCGUGUACCAAGUCAAUACUGGCCGGCUGGUGCCGUGCGCCCAGACAACGAAGCCGAUCUGUUGUGGGCGAUUAAAGGCGCCGGGCCCAACUUUGGCAUCGUGAACGCGUAUCUGUUUUGGGACAACGAACAGCUGCAUCUUGGCCUCCCUUUUGGCAUACCCACGCCUGCACACACAGUUCUAGGACCAGAAGAUAAUUCCGAGAUCGUCAACGGAGUUGGUCUAUUCGAGACUGAAAUGUACAUUUCCCGGAUGCACGGCGGGCAUAGUGGCGGCAAGACGUCCUCGUUCAAGCGAUGCUUAUUUUUGAAGCAUAUUGAAGCUACGAACGUUACCAAGAUCUUGGUAGCAGCUAUCGAGACUCGCCCUUCGCAACUCUGCUAUCUCUAUCUGCUGCCAGGUGGGGGAGCGGUGGGCGACGUACCAAACGACGCCACUGCUUUUGGCUCUACCGUGAAGUGGGUUUACAAAGUCGCUGAGGACUUAUUGCCCUUGAGCACCGGAGCUUACGGCGCCGACCUCGGGCCGGAUCCCAGAGAUGCUGCGCUAGCGGCCAAGGCUUUUAGACCAAACCUGCCGCGUCUGGUCCGUCUCAAAUCCAACUUGGACCCACGUAAUGUGCUAGCUUAUGCCUGUCCACUUCCAAAAGCACCAGCAGAACACAAGCUUGUCAUUCUUAUCACAGGCGAAAGCUGCGCCGGCAAGGAUUAUUACGCCGACAUCUGGGUCUCUAUGCUCACCGCACGCGCCCAUAAGAGUCUCAAAGCACGUGCAGUCAGUAUCAGCGAUACGGUCAAACAGGAGUACGCGGCAGCUACCGGCGCUGACCUGCGCCGCCUGCUUUGGGAUCGUGCUUACAAGGAGCAACACCGGCCAGAGUUGACCAAGUUCUUCCAAAGCCAAGUACUAAAGCGACCUCAGCUGCCACAGGAGCAUUUUCUAAAUGCCAUAUAUAGUGCUGCGGGUGUAGAUAUGCUGCUUAUCACCGGGAUGAGAGACGAGGCACCGGUCCUAACCUUAUCGCAUCUGGUGCCAGAUUGCAGAUUACUCGAGGUACGCGUCAAGGCUACUGAGGAGACGCGUCGGGUUCGCCGAGGAUGCCAAGCUAGCAGCGACAAUUAUGAUAACAAUGCGGAUAACAAGACCAACGGCAAAUCGGAUCUGGCUGCCUCAGGCCACUGUCCCAGUCUCGUCUUCAACAAUGACACAACCGGAAAUACUAUGGCAAAACAAUUUGCCGAAAACUACCUACUUCCCUUCUUCCAUGAAGACUUGGACCGUCUUGCCAGUAUGGUACGGCCGAUAUCCGACUUUCCAUCCCCAGGCGUCGAGUUCCGCCACGUACUCGGCAUCUCCCAGCAGCCAGGUGGGCUAGCCUUGUGCACUUCUCUACUGCAGACUCACUUUACGAGUGACUGGGCCAAAAUUAAUGCGGUGGUUUGUUGCGAAGCUGGCGGCUUUGUCUAUGCCUCGGCGUUGGCCGCACGGGUCGAUAUACCCUUGGCGCUGAUUCGCGAAGCUAGCAAGCUCCCUCCGCCCACUAUUUCUGUCAUCAAGUCACCGUCGCACAUUUCGUCUUCAGCAUAUAACGAUGCCACGAAAAGAAUUGAGAUGAGCCGGGAUCUGAUUUCCAGAGGCGCGUCAGUGGUUGUGGUGGACGAUGUACUUGCCACGGGGGAGACGCUUUGUGCAGUGCUUCAGCUACUGAGUAAGGUUGGCAUUGGUGUUGAAGAUACCAGUAUCAUUGUUGUGGCCGAGUUCCCUGUGUAUCGAGGUCGGGAGCUCUUACGCCAGCAUGGCUUUGGCGGAAUCAAAGUUCAGAGCCUUUUAGUUUUUGGAGGGGCUUAG